AUGAUGGAACACGACAUCGCGUCACCCAAAGGCGCACGGCGCGCCCGAAAGCGCGUUGGCCGAGGGGACGCCGCCGGAGGCGGCAGCACCGCCGGCCGGGGUAUGAAGGGACAGAAAUCCCGCUCCGGUCGCGGCCUGCGACCCGGCUUCGAGGGCGGUCAAAUGCCCUUGAUCAAGGGUCUGCCCAUGAAGCGCGGGUUCAACAACCGCUACAAGACCUACUAUGCGCUGGUGGACCUGGAUACGCUGCAAGAGCGUUUCGAGGCCAACACGCAAGUCACGCCGGAACUGCUGCAUGAGCUGGGCAUCAUCCGGCGCACGAAGCUGCCGGUGAAGGUGGUGGGAGACGGAGAAUUGCAGCAGCCGCUGACCGUGGCCGCGCACAAGUUCACCGCCUCAGCCCGGGCCAAGAUCGAAGCGGCCGGCGGAUCCGUAACCGAGCUCUAG